AUGAUUGAUGGGGGAUUUUUUAACGCAAUAAUGACGUUUCCAGAUGAUUAUCCAAAUCUUCCACCAACUGUUCAGUUCACCUCGGAGAUGUGGCAUCCUAAUGUUUAUUCUGAUGGAAAAGUUUGCAUAUCUAUUCUUCAUGCUCCUGGUGACGAUCCUAAUGGAUACGAGCUUGCCAUAGAACGUUGGAACCCUGUCCACACGGUAGAAAGCAUUAUGUUGAGUAUCAUAUCGAUGCUGUCGUGUCCCAACGAUGAGUCACCGGCAAAUGUGGAAGCUGCAAAGGAAUGGAGAGACAACAGAGCAGAGUUUAGGAAGAAAGUGAGUCGCUGUGUGAGAAGAUCGCAAGAGAUGCUAUGA